AUGGAUUCAUCUGAAAGCAAUUCUGAUAGUAAAUAUUCCGUGGAAGAUGAAGGCACAGAGUCUUCUUCUGACGAGGCAAAUAGCAGCGACGAUGAUGUGCCAAAACUUGCAGAUGAUGAAUAUAAAGAAAUGCCUUUUGAAGAUUUGUUGCUGUUGCAGAAGAAGCUUGGUUCGCGUGUGUACAACGAAGCCAUAUUUGGCAAAACUAAGGAAAGAAAACAAAAUCCAACGUUGAAGCCAAAACCAGCGAAAAGGUCUAAGCAUACAUCAGACGCUGAAUCUGACGACGACAGUGGUCCAGAGGAGGUGUCGGCGAAAAGGAAGGUUCCAGCCUUGGGAAUGGGUAAAGUAGGGAAAAAUACUUCCGUUUCACGACCACGGGAUCCACGUUUCGAUCCUCGCCAAGGAUAUUUCAGUGGUCGCCAGUUUCGCAACAAUUACAGCUUCAUAAACGAUCUGCGUUCCAGCGAGUUAAUGAAAUUGAAGAAAAAACUGGAAGGUGCGACCGAUCAGGAAGAAACGGAAGGGUUGAAGUUUUUGAUUCAGCGAACAGAGAACCAGAUACGGGAGUAUGCGAAACAAAAAGCGCUUGAUAAAAACAAGUUGCAUGAGAAACAACAGGCUCGUCUUGCCGUGCAGGAAGGCAAACGACCGUUUUAUGAACGCAAGAGCACCAAGCAGGCACGUGCCUUGGUUGAGCAGUACGAUAAGCUUAAAGAUGAUGGAAGCCUUGCUAAACAUAUUGAUAAAAGGAGAAAGAAAGUUUCUGCCAAGGAUAGAAAAAAGCUAGAUUUCUCUACGUAG